CAUUUAAAGAUAUGUAAGGCCAUAAUCCAUUGCUUAUUUUUCAGUAGUUAUUUGCCUAUCAUACUGAUUAUUUGGGAAAAUUUUCAUGGUUAUCAGCGACAAUGGGGAUGACACAACUCUAAUUACAUUUGAAAGUAAUGAGGAGAGUCAAGAGGACAACAACAAGCAAGUAAAUCAUCCAGGCAAGCGAGGACAGCGUGAUAAGUGGUUGAUAUUCCCCUCUAAGACCAUCCAAGAAAUGAUAGCGUCAACUCAAGUAAGCAUUCACCAGAUGUUUAUCUUACACCGUGUAUCUCGUGUGAGUGGUUAACUAUUUCUUUUUUUAAAUUGUUUAGGUUGAUAAAUGUUUAGUCACUUGCACAGUCUAUGCAAUUGAUAUGGAUUGGUCCUGGUAUUACUUUGGUUGUGAUGCAUGCCAAAAAAGGGUGAUCAAAACCGGAACCAACAUUAAGGUAGUAAAAGGAACUGAAAUAACCACUCAUAUUUGGUGGUGUGAGACAUGCAACGACACUGUGUUCAAAGUUUCACCAAGGUAUGAUUGUGCAAAUUUAAGAAAAAACAUGCAUACGUAACAACUUAGAGUGAUGUUUAGCAGUUAAAAGUGUAACUUAUGUCUGUCUAAUCUAUAGGUUUUGGCUUCAUUUGAUGGUCAAAGAUGAUACUGGUGUGUCAAAAAUAAUGAUUCUGGACAAGGUGGCUAAUGGGAUUGUUCCGGAAUCUCCUCUCAAAUUGUUGAAUGGAAGCUGGGAUGAGGUAUUUUUAAAUCAAAUAUGGCAAUUAAUUUGCGUCAUCUUACUGACAAUAGAACACUAAAUCUAUGCAAUCAAUUUGGCAGCUUGAAGACCCAAGCUUAAUACCAGAUGCUAUUACUGAUUUGAUUGGAAAAAGUUUCACAUUUGGAGUCUAUGUUGAGAAGGAUAAUGUAUCUUAUGGUGCUGAGAUAUUCAAAGUUGGAAAAGUCUACAAAGACAGAAUGAUUUGCUUAACUGGUGGAAUCACAUCCAGUCACUCUGAAAAGCCGUUGACAAUUACAAGCGGUGAUGAGGUAUUUUGUCUAAUCUAUUGUGAUAUUAAGUUUUUUUUUUUUUUAGAGUUUCUGUCUUAACAUGACUAUCAAUGUAAUUUUUUACAGGGUUCAGUUUAUUUCACUGAUAGUCAAGAACUUAACGACUCCGUGACCACACCAUCCAGUAAGAGAAAAGAAGAUGAUUCUAUUUCUCUGCCUGACAUCAGUUCAACAUCAAAGAAACCAUGCUUAAUGACAGUAAAAAUUGAGAAGGCGGAAGAGGCUGCUAAGAAACGUGGCUAAUUUGGAAGAAGACUGCUUUGAUGUUUUCCUGCAUUUUGGUUUUUGUUUUUCCUAUUUACGUUGUUGGGUUUUUGCUUCUUCCGAAACUUAUGUUUGAUUUGUGCUUUUUUUCAAUAAGUCUAUUUAGACUAAUGCAUUGUUAAGUUUUCUUUUAUUUCUGUUUUUUUCCUAUCAAAACAAAAUAACCUGCUUAACUGAUAGUUCGUUUCUUAUAAGCAAGUCCUGGAAACAAAAUAAUCUAUUUACUUAACGUAUAGAUUAUUAUCCACACCAUCCAGUAAGAGAAAAAAAGACAAGCAUAUUUCUCUCCCUGACAUCAAUUAAACAUCCAAGGAACCAUGCACAAUGACAAUCAAAAUUAACAAGGUGGAAGAGGAUACUAAGAAACGUUAAAGUUGGAAGAAGACAUCUCCUAUCGUUUUGACCUUUUAAAAUUUAUGUUAUUCUAUUUAUUAAGACUUCAUUAUACAAUAAAAUGUUUUGACCCUAUUCUUUUAAUACUAAUCAAAUGUAACUAUAGCAAGUGUAAUAUUUUGAACCUAUUCUUUUAAGACUAAUCAAAUAUUUUAUUAGAUACUGCAAGAUUUAGUUGUCGUUAGAAUGUAUAUUCUGACCAUAUUCUUUAAGACUACUCAACAAUUUGAUUAGAUACCAAUAUAUUUAGUUGGAGCUUUUUGUUUCUAUAUUUUUUGGCAAAAUCGAGACUUAAAAACCUACACAAAAGAACUGAUGAACGCGAUUGCUAAUUACGUUUAGAAUUUCAAUGACGCAGAAAAACGAAGAGGUCCCUCCAGGAUCACAUAGUUUGCUAUCAUCCCAACAGAGAAAAAGAAAGAGAAGAGCAGACAACAAUGAAUCCGAGAAUACACAGCCGUGUGGUGAAGCUUCGAACAACAUUACUUCUGUGCCUCUUAGGAAAGCUUUUACGAGGGUUCUAAAUGAUAUCUCCAAUAUUCCUACUAAUUUGCGAUCCUCGACAGUUUCUAUUGGGACAAACCCUGCUAAUGGUUUAGACCUUCCACAAAACAUCAAUUUUUUUAAAUAAAUUUUGAAGCUUAACCUCACUACUGCUAAAUUAUGUGUUUUUCCUUUCAGAUAGUGGAAAUGUAAAGGAUCAGAAUGCUUUAGCAAAAAGAUUAAAGAGCAAUUCAUAUAAGUUUAUGUGUAAGUGUACCUAACUCCAGAACAUUUUUUUAGUUGUUUGUAAUAGUUUUGAAUGACCCAAUGUUAUGUUUAUGGAAACAGCACAAUCAAGCAAUCAAACUACUGUCAGCAACAGUGUUGGAGGAUCUAACAACAAUAAAGCAACUCUUAAGAGAAAGAGAUCUACAAGCAUAGAUGUCACUGAACAUACACCAUCUUCUUAUUCCAGUAAGAAAAAAUGUUCCAAACCAGGUGUUCUAGCUGAUAUUACCAACACCUUGCCUUCAAUGCUUGGCACACCUUCUACAAGUGGUUCAUGUAUCUCCAAGAUAUCUACUAAGGGUAUAUACUGUAAAUCCGAAAUUUUGAUUUUGAUUUGAUUUCUCAGAGUUUGUUCUUUUUUUCUAACGUCUGUUGGCUCAAUCACAUAAAGGGAAAGGUAAGGUUGUUGCUGAAGAUAACAAGUUAAAGAGUAAUACUAGAACCAAGAGGUGUAGAAAAACAUUGGAACAACAAUUUGACGGUUGUGUAGUUGAUUAUUCGUCAUGUGAGGAUGAUGAGGACCAAGCAUUCCAAUAUGACUAUGAAGGUAUAAACGUUUUAAUGGUACCCCUAAGUUCCACUGAUUAUAUAUUUCUAAAUAUGUGGAUAUAAACCAAUUAUAUUAAAACAACUUUUUUUUGUCUACAGAAGAAUCUGAAUUAUACAAAGAACAAGUUUAUGAUUGCAGUAGCGAAGAAAGUGACACAAGUAACAAUGAAACCAUAAACUGCAACCCUAUAUCUAAAGAUUCAGAUGCCAAUCAAAGAUCACCCGAUGUCUUAUCAAAAGAAGGGAAACAGGAAAUUAAUACACAGCGUACUUCUUCCUGUGCCAAGAUGGUGAAGAGAACUUCGUCGUCUGCUCAGAUGAUGAAACCUACUUCUUCUAGAAAAUCUCGUGGUAAUCAGUUCUUUUUAUCAAGAUAGUCAAAUUAUUCAUUUACCAUUUUGUUACAUUCAGCUCGUGAUUUUAUUCUUUUAAAUACAGGUUACAUUGAUGACGGUGAUCCAACUUACAAAUGUGAACAUUGUGGGGCUAUAAUGUGGUAUGGUGAAAGGAUCAACAACAAAAAACAUACACGCAAACCUAAAUUUGCUCUUUGUUGUGGUCAAGGACAAGUUCAGCUUCCGUUGUUAAAAGAUUCACCAGCUAUAUUGAAACAAUUACUCCAUGGCAGUGAUGAACAGAGUAGAUAUUUUCGUGACAAUAUCCGAGCUAUAAAUAUGGUUUUCUCAUUUACAUCGCUUGGGGGAAAAUUCGAUCACUCAGCUCCAAAAGGCUCUGGCCCAAAAAUGAUUGUACUUCAAGGAGAAAACUAUCAUUUAAUGGGUAGUUUGAAGCCUCCAGCAGGAGACCCUGCUAAGUUUGGGCAACUAUAUAUUGUAGACACAGAAAAUGAAGUUGCCAACCGUGCUUCUAUAAUUGGAAGGUACAAAAAAUCCGCAGAAAAAGCUAAAAAGGAGUCUAUUCGGAAUCAAGUUAUCCAGUCUUUAAUGACAAUGCUUAACGAGGUCAAUCCAUAUGUCCAUCAGUUUAGAUCAGCAAAAGAUAGAUUUGAGACUAAUCCCCUGGAAACAUUCCAUAUGCGCAUUAUUAGCAGUCGUGCAAAAGAUGGAAGGACAUAUGACACUCCUACAGCAUCUGAGGUUGCUGCAUUAAUUCCAGGAGAUUUCAAUUUGGACAUGGAUAAAAGAGAUAUUGUUUUGCAAGAGAAACAAACUGGCUGGCUAAAGCGGAUAAGUGAGAUUCACCCUUCUUACUUGGCACUUCAAUAUCCUCUGAUAUUUACUUAUGGUGAAGAUGGGUUCAGACUUGGGAUUAAAAAGAAAGAGACAGAGGCUACAGCUAAACUAAAGAGGCAGACUAUUAGUAUGAGGCAGUGGUAUGCAUUCCGUCUACAGGAAAGAGAGAAUGAGUGUCAUACACUACUGCAUUCAAAGCGAUUGUUUCAGCAAUUUUUGGUCGAUUCUUAUACUUCCAUAGAGUCUAACAGGCUGUGUUAUCUACGGAUGAACCAAAAAAGCCUUAGAUCGGAUAGCUAUGACUCUAUACAACAGUCAGGAAACGCAGGAAAAGAAGAUAUGCAUGACCAAGGAAGUCGAUUUUUGCUACCAGCCUCAUUCACAGGAGGACCAAGAUACAUGAAGAACAACUAUCUUGAUGCAAUGGCUAUAUGCAAAUAUUUUGGGUUUCCUGAUUUGUUUAUAACAUUCACCUGCAAUCCGAAAUGGCCAGAAAUCACCAGAUAUCUACAACAGCGCCGCCUCACUGCUGAUGAUAGACCCGAUAUUAUUGGAAGGAUUUUCAAAAUCAAGCUUGAUUCUCUCAUGAUUGAUUUAACAGACAAAGAGCUUCUAGGGAAGACCGUCUCUUCAAUGUACACUGUGGAGUGGCAGAAACGUGGCCUACCUCAUGCUCAUAUUCUCUUAUUCAUGCAUCCUAAUUCCAAAUUUCCAACCACUGAUGACAUUGACAAGGUUAUCUCUGCUGAAAUUCCAGAUAAAGACAAAGAGCCAGAGCUUUAUGAUAUUAUCAAAGAUAUGAUGAUUCAUGGUCCUUGUGGAGCUGUAAACAUGAAAUCACCAUGCAUGGAAAAUGGUUUGUGUUCUAAAUUGUAUCCCAAGGCUUAUGCAGAUGUAACUACAGUCAACAAAGAAGGGUUUCCUGUUUAUAGAAGACGAGAACAGACAAAUAGAUUUGUUGAGAAAAACGGCUUCAAGUGUGACAACAGAUAUGUGAUACCAUACAACAAGGAAUUGUCUCUUCGUUUUCGAGCUCACAUCAAUGUGGAAUGGUGCAAUCAAUCAGGUUCUAUAAAAUACUUAUUCAAGUAUAUUAACAAAGGCCAGGAUCGUGCCACUAUUGUUGUUGAGCCCCCUGAUAAAGAAGCACCAGACCAGAACACUUCAACAAAUGGAGAGUUGAAUGAAAAGAAAAAAAAUGAAAUCAAGGACUUCUUCAACUGCAGGUAUUUUUUCUACACAACAUUUUUCAGAUAUGUCUCAGCCUGUGAAGGUGGUUGGAGGAUUUUUACGUUUCCUAUUCACUAUAGAUCAACACCCGUUGAGAGAUUACAGUUUCAUCUACCAGGAAAACAAAUCAUUAUCUUCAAAGAUGAUGACACGUAUGAAAAAGUUACCAGCAGGAAGCUUAUUGAAAACACUAUGUUUUUGGGCUGGUUUGAAUUGAACAAGGUCAGUGCAGUAGCUCGGACUCUGACUUUAGCUGAAAUUCCAACAAGGUUUUGUUGGAAUAAGAAAGAAAAAAAGUUUCAUGAUAGGAAGAAAGGAUUCAGUAUUGGGAGAAUCAACUAUGCCCCACGUGACAUUGAAGAAGCGUUCUACAUGCGUGUAUUGCUUAACAUUGUGAGAGGUCCAACGUGUUAUGACGACAUUAAAACGUUUCAAGAGGUUCUUCAUCCUUCAUACAAGGAGACAUGUUUUGCAAGGGGACUGUUAGAAGAUGAUCAGGAAUAUAUAGACGAUCUCGUGAGAGCAAGUUUCACUGGUUCUGCAUGUUAUAUGCGUCAAGCUUUUGUUAUCAUGCUCAUGUCUAAUACUUUGUCAAAACCAGAAGUCGUUUGGGAACAUACUUGGGAGUUCCUUUCUGAAGACAUUGAGCAUACGAGAAGAAAGCUAUUACAUAGACCAGAUCUUUGCUUGAGUGAUGCGGAAAAAAAACAAUAUGCGCUUACAGAGAUUGAGAAGCUUCUAAAGAGUAAUGGAACAUCUUUGGAGAAGUUCAAAAAGAUGCCUAAACCACUACCAGAUAUAGAUAAUAAUAACGUUUUGAUCAUGGACGAGCUCAGUUACGACCGGCAGGAAUUAGAAGCUGAUCUUCAGCGUGACACUCCAAAACUUACGGAUGAGCAAAAGAAGAUUUUUGAUGAAAUUACUGAUGCUGUUAUUACGAAAAAAGGAGGCGUCUUUUUUGUCUAUGGAUUUGGUGGUACAGGCAAAACUUUCUUAUGGAGAUUGCUUUCUGCAGCAGUACGUGUCAGGGGCGAAGUAUGUCUGAAUGUUGCCUCAAGUGGUAUAGCUUCCCUAUUGCUACAGGGAGGAAGGACUGCACAUUCUCGAUUUGGAAUUCCUAUAAAUCCAGAUGAAUUCUCCACUUGCUCACUUACAAAAGGAACUGAUAAAGCAGAGCUGGUAAAAGCAGCGUCCCUUAUAAUUUGGGAUGAAGCUCCAAUGAUGAGUAAACACUGUUUUGAAUCAUUGGAUAGGAGUAUGUUAGACAUUGUUGGAGACAAUGAUAAGAGACCUUUUGGUGGCAAAGUUGUCGUAUUUGGUGGAGACUUUAGACAAGUAUUGCCUGUCAUUCAUGGAGCUGGAAGGGCUGAGAUCGUUAUGGCUGCUCUUAAUUCAUCUUAUCUUUGGAAGCAUGUAAAAGUUUUGCAAUUAACCAAGAAUAUGCGGCUACUGUCAAAUAAUCUAUCUACUGAAGAGGCAAAAGAAUUGCAAGAGUUUUCACAAUGGAUAUUAGACAUUGGAGAUGGAAAGAUUGGUGAUGGAAAUGAUGGGGAAGCUCUUAUCGACAUUCCAGAAGAGUUCUUAAUUCUUGAUGCUGAUGAUCCAGUGGAAGCUAUAAGCGCAGCAGUAUAUGGAGAUGCUACUUCUUUACACCAGAAGGACCCAAAGUUUUUUCAAGAGAGAGCUAUACUGUGUCCUACUAACGAGGAUGUGAACAUUAUUAAUCAACAUAUGCUGGAUAAGCUUGAUGGAGAGGAAAGAAUAUACUUAAGCUCUGAUUCUAUCGACGCUUCUGAUAAGUUUUCUGUUAAUGACCAAGCUCUCACUCCAGAUUUCUUAAACAGAAUUAAAGCAUCAGGAUUGCCAAAUCAUAUUCUGCGACUGAAAGUUGGUUGUCCAGUGAUGUUGCUAAGAAACAUAGAUCCUACUGGGGGAUUGAUGAAUGGAACGCGUCUUCAGAUUACAGAAAUGUAUGACUUCAUGAUAAAGGCCAAAGUUAUUACAGGGGAAAAGGUUGGCCGAACUGUGUUAAUUCCUAGGCUUUCAAUAACUCCUUCAGAUAAAAAGAUGCCAUUCAAGAUGAGGAGGAGACAACUGCCUAUUGGUGUGGCAUUUGCUAUUACCAUCAACAAAAGUCAAGGCCAAACUUUGUCUGAAGUUGGUAUUUAUCUACCAAGGCCUGUUUUCUCUCAUGGACAACUAUAUGUGGCUGUUUCCAGAGUCACUUCUAAGAAAGGCUUGAAGAUAUUGAUUGUUGACAGCGAAGGCAAACCUCAACGUCAAACAAAAAAUGUGGUCUUUAGAGAGAUUUUUGACAAUCUAUGAUUUCAGACUAUUUGUUUUGUCUUUUAUAACUUUGUUGGAACGUGGAUUUAUAUACAGUUUAUGGUUCUAUGUUUA